ACGUUUUUGGCUCACUGCCUGUUGUUUUACACUUUCCCUUUCUCUCUCUUAAGGUCUCAAAACAUCCUCCUCAUUCCUCACCCUUGUCCUUCACUCCUUUCCAUGCUUAACGCACGUUUGCUCCUCUCUCUCCCUCUCACACACACACUAAACCACAUUGUUCUUAGGUUUCUUGUAGCUUAACCUUGACGCGAUUCUGUACUUGUCUUUGUCUGUCUCCAUGUCUGUCUGUACCGGUGAAUGUGUGUUUGGUUAGCUGGAAACGAACUGAUGAUUUUCGAGUGCAAAAUGUGUUUUUUCCUCUUUGAACUCGUUGCCCUCUGAGAUUGGGUUACUGGGUUUUCAUCGUUCUGAGUGCGACAUUCUUCUCUGUUUUAGCUAGGUGGUCGUCCUUUUGGCUUGCAUGUCUGUUUUCUUAUAUGGGUCUUAUCUUAUCCAUUGGAGUGAUUUAACGCAUAUAUACUCGAUCUCUCAACUUGGUUUUGGUGGUUUUGGGUUUUCUUGAAUUGAAGGUUCUCAUAUCUGAAAAGGGUCUAAUGCGUUUUCUAGAAUUUUGAUCAUUUGGACAGUUUUUCUUCUCUGGGGUUGUUUUUCUAUGUUAUUUGUGUCAUCUUCAUUUUGUUCACUUGGUGACUCUGUAUCAAAGGGGGUUGAAAGAUUAAAUUGCAUAUCUUUCACAUAUGAGGGGUUUAAUUUAGGGUUUGUAUAACAUGGGAUUAGGCCCUGAUGCUUUUCAUGCUGGAGCUUGGAAUGUGGGAAAAUCAAAGGGAAAGAAAAAGAAAGAUGAUGAAGAUGAAAUGACAGGGUGUUGGAUGAAGUUUAGGCUCAUGGGAGGAUGCGUGUCUUCAAGGACCAAAGUGGAUAGCUCUACAAGUGGAACUAGCACACAAGAUGCGGAAAGUAAAUGUACAAAUGACUCCAUCAAAGACCAGCCAGCUGCUCCAGUUGCUUCGUCUUCAACCACUAGCAACACAGAAAGCACCCUGUCCACUCCCAAGGCAGCUGAGGAGCUGAAAGUUGCUUCUCAGCUUCGAAAAUUCACCUUUGAUGAGCUUAAGUCAGUGACAAAGAAUUUUAGACCUGUGAAUCUUUUGGGCGAGGGUGGAUUUGGUUGUGUAUUCAAAGGCUGGAUCGACGAAAAUGGAACUGCUCCAGUAAAACCUGGAACUGGGCUUGCGGUUGCUGUAAAGACUCUGAACCAUGAUGGACUUCAAGGUCAUAAAGAAUGGCUGGCUGAAGUUAUUUAUCUUGGUGACCUACUUCAUCCUAAUUUAGUCAAACUAUAUGGCUAUUGCAUUGAGGAUGAUCAAAGAUUACUUGUGUAUGAGUUUAUGCCUCGGGGAAGCUUGGAGAAUCACCUCUUUAGAAGGUCCUUGCCGCUUCCUUGGUCUAUCCGAAUGAAAAUAGCUCUUGGUGCUGCAAAGGGUCUUGCCUUUCUUCACGAGGAAGCUGAAAGGCCAGUGAUUUAUCGAGAUUUUAAAACAUCUAAUAUAUUGUUGGAUGCGGAUUACAACGCCAAGCUUUCUGAUUUCGGCCUCGCUAAAGAUGCUCCAGAGGGAGAUAAAACUCAUGUCUCCACCCGAGUGAUGGGCACUUAUGGUUAUGCAGCCCCUGAGUAUGUCAUGACAGGACAUCUUACUUCGAAAAGUGAUGUAUACAGCUUCGGGGUGGUUCUGCUCGAAAUGCUGGUUGGUCGAAGAUCAAUGGACAAAAACCAACCCAAUGGAGAGGUUAACUUGGUUGAGUGGGCACGCCCACACCUUGGAGAUAGACGAAGAUUCUAUCGACUAGUAGAUCCUCGACUUGAAGGCCGCUUCUCAAUCAAAGGUGCCCAGAAGGCACUUCAGUUGGCUGCCCGUUGUCUUAGUCGUGAUCCCAAGGCUAGACCUCUGAUGAGUGAAGUUGUUGAAGUGCUGAAGCCUCUACCCACUCUCAAGGAUAUGGCAUCUUCCUCAUCUUACUUCCAAGCCUUGCAAGUAGAGCGGCCUGGCUCCAAUCCAAAUUCUCGGAAUGGCAGUAGAGGGCAGGCUGGGGUUUCAAGGAAUGGACAACCAACUAGAAGCCGGUCCAUGCCAAAUGGUCCGCAUGCCUCACCAUAUCACCUUAACCAUCCUCACCGAUCACCCAAACCUAUCGCUCAAUCGUAAGAUUGAGCUUCUGUAAGAUUUCCAUUUUGUUUAAUCUUAUCAGGCGUUAUAUUUUAAGGGAUAGGAGAGAUUGGAAAAGGAAAAAGAAAGAAAAAACCUCAGUGGUAGUAUUGAGCUCAAGGCCAUUGCGGUCUUCUUAGAGAUUAUAGAAUUUUGCCAUCAAGCUUAACUUGAGCAUAGAAAAUUAGCAAAGGAACAUUUGCACCUUUCCAUCAAAUUGAGUUUUUAAUUUAGUCAAAGAAAAGAACCUUGUAGCUGCUGCUUGUAUGCGAAGGUCAAAAUGGUUAUAUAUGUU